GCAGCCACAACAGUCUGUGAGUCAGACGGAGUGACAGGACACAGCAGCCAUUGUUCUUCUCUCGCUAAGUACACAAAAAGGGGACUUUCUUCUCACAGCUGAUUAGGUUGCCUUAGUUCACAGCGUGGGCGGAAAUUAGACGCAGCGAUAUUUUGAUUGCUUUCCGGCGUUCAGAGCGUCACCCUACAGGUUUUAAACAGAUGUUCAUUGCAAGUUCAGAACCAAAAAAAUAAUUGUGAGCGGGGUCCAUGGAACGGAAAAGUUAGCACGUUAUGAGGACUGGUUGAAAGAUAAUCAGGGACUUUGAAGCUAUUAACCAAAUGUUUCACAUUUCACACUGAGCGGAGGGAUUCUGUUUCACUUGCACAGUACCGUGUAUUUUAUACGGGCUUCAAAAAGGGACAAAGAACUAGCUCUCGAAAUUGCCGUCCUACUACAUAAUGCUAGGUACAUUUAAACCGUUUUUCAGGCAUCCUUGGUGCGUUUUCUGGACUAACUGGCUAUGAGUUCUCCAAUCACGAGAGCUUCAUUCAUUCUAGUUUAACCCUAAUGAAGACUCCAGGCUUCUUGAGGGUUAAUAUUGGCUUGAUUUAUAGCUGCUCGUAGGAUGAAUGAGAUGCCGAACUUGCACGCAGCAUUAAGGUGAACUGAAGCAGCUCUAUCCUACUGGUCCACAUGAACAGCAGCGUGGGUAUACCUGUGAACUGUCACGAAGAAGCCAAGAACCAAUUUAACUUAUCAAAAUUAACGGUAAGAUUGGUCUUUGCUGUAAAGAGCACGCGGACAGAAAGAGGAACUUGCCACUGCACUGGAGGUAGACGUAAUUACUCGCAAUUAUUUAAUUAUGGAUGUUAUUAACAGGAAACGUGGCAAAGGAGUCACACGUAGAAUUCAUGAACGAGAAAUAUUACCCAUGGGUAGUCAUUAGUAGAUGACCGUGGAUGUUGAUUAAUACCCAGAAGUAGUCACUUGAAGUGGCGUUUGGAAGGACAUAUUACACAAAGGCAGUCAUUUGCUUUAUUCCGUGGAUGUGAAAUAUAAAUCAGAUGCAGUUGUCUGAUUCAGUGGAUGGGUAAUACAACACAGAGGCAGUCAUUUGCCCGAUUCCGUGGAUGUGAAAUAUAAAUCAGAGAAAGUUCUUUUCUUGAUUCCGUAGAUGUGAAAUAUAAUCAAAGGUACAAAAUUCCGUGGAUGAUGCCGUGGAUGGGUAAUAAAACACAGAAGAGGUCGUGAGAAGAUGAGGGGACGGGUAUUAUAACCAGAAUUAGCAAUUCGAUGUGACGUCGACGGGAAAUAUAAUCCAGACGCAGUCACUUGUAGAAACGGUGACAGGAAAUAUAACCUUAAGGUAGUCACUUGAAGUGACGUUGGCGGGAAAUAUAAUACAGACGCAGUCACUUGUAGAUAACGGGGACAGGAAAUAUAACCUUAAGGUAGUCACUUGAAGUGACGUUGACGGGAAAUAUAACACAGACGCAGUCACUUGUUGCAAACGGGGGUGGAGAAUAUAACACAGUGGUAAUCACUUGUAGAUAACGGGAAUGGGAAAUAAAACACGAGUGACAGAUAGAUAGGAAAUUAAUCACAGAAGAGAUUAAAGAACUGAAAAAACGUCAAAAGACGAAGAACAAAGUGAAGACAAAAGAGAACUGAGAGAAAGAGAGAAAAGUGGAAGAACUCAUAUGAAUAUGUGGAGAUGGUUAAGAGGGUUUCUGAGAAACUGUGGCUUACGAUACUCGGUGGUGGUCCUAUGGAUAGUCCUGAACGCAGUAGUCUUCACUUCGACGUACAGGCAUUGGAAGUAUGCUCCCAAAUAUUACUAUGUUCACCAGAUCUUAGGGCCUACUCUAUGUAUUUCCCGAGGCACUGCAGCAGUGCUUAACCUGAACUGCGGGCUGGUAUUGUUGCCUAUGUGUAGAGUGCUGGUCUCGUUGAUGAGGUUUUCCAGGAUCUCCAGACGAAGUUUCCGUAUGCUGCUGGAUCACUGCAAAGGUUUCCACAUGCUGUGUGGGUUAACUAUAGUUCUAGCAUCAGUCAUACAUUUCAUUGGACAUUUGUUCAACGCCGCCAAUUUUUCCAUACACUUCAAUCCGUAUUAUGUGGAUGUUAAUGGUGCUAGCUACAAAGGCCAGGACCCAUUGUAUAUUGUUGCAGGCUCAGUUCCAGGGAUUACUGGCUUGGUGCUAAUGUUAGUGUUAUGUACAAUGGCAACCACAUCUCUCUAUGUUGUCAGAACCAACAAUUAUGAUCUCUUUUGGUACACACAUCGCUUCUAUUUGGUCUUUUAUUUUUUCCUGAUGGUUCAUGCUGUGAGAGGAGUUUUAAAGGAGCAAAUUAAUCUUUCUCGGCAUAGUCCUGGCUGUGACAAAGAGAACCUGAACCUCAGCAUUCCCUGGCCAGAACCAGAACACUGGGACACACAGGAGACAGUGUGUGAGGAGCCCCCAGUGUUUGGCACUGUGGGUUGUUCAGUAUGUAUACUACAUAAUACAGUGUGUGAGGAGCCCCCAGUGUUUGGCACUGUGGGUUGUUCAGUAUGUAUACUACAUAAUACAGUGUGUGAGGAGCCCCCAGUGUUUGGCACUGUGGGUUGUUCAUCAUGGAUGUGGGUGGGAUUGCCCCUGCUGGUUUAUCUUGUUGACCUCACAUACAGAAGAUGUAAACAAGGACACUGCACACGAAUCCUCAACGUUACAGAGCACCCUGGAGAUGUCCUUGAAAUACGAGUGUGGAAGAAAGGAUUCAAGGCCAAACCUGGGCAGUUUAUUCUUGUCCAAUGUCCUGCAAUUUCAAGCUUUGAAUGGCAUCCUUUCACCGUGUCUAUGUGUCCAACCUCUCAGUGUGAGUCAUUUACAAUCCAUAUCCAUGCUGUUGGAGACUGGUCAGGGCGUCUGCAGCAGUAUUUGACAGGAAGUGAGGGAUGGAAAUAUGUUUUACCACCUCUGGCAUCCAGCAAGGAGGACUUGGACAAAAGACUUGUGAUAGAGGGUCCCUAUGGUAGUCCCAGUGGAGACAUAUUGAAGUACCGAGUAAAUGUUCUGAUUGCUGGUGGAAUAGGAGUGACUCCCUUCACAGCAUUUCUACAUCAUCUUUACAGUAAUGAAAAACUACACUUGCAAAAUAUAGAACGCAUCUAUUUCAUUUGGAUGUGCAAGGACUUGCGAAGCUUCAAGUGGUUUACACAAUUAUUGUGUAGGUUAUACCAAAAGCUUUGGUCGUUGAACCGUCCAGAUCUCCUGUGUAUCAGACUACAUGUCACAGCCCCUGUCCCUGGGUCUCAGUUGAAGAUGUUUGUAAAGCAGUACCCUUUACUAGAAAAGCGCCUGUACAUAGGGCGAAGACCAGACUGGCCCUUGACACUCAUGGAGAUCUGUUCAUCACACAAAGGAACAGACAUUGGUGUUUUCUGUUGUGGACCAAAGGGCUUAGCAACCAAUGUUGAGGAGGAAUGUUCCAGAAUUUGGCAUAAAAAUGCAAAUCUUUUCUGUCAUCAUGAAUCAUUUUGAUGACUGUGAGUGCUCUAUAAAAUGUAGUAUUUAAAACAAUGUGCCACC